CUCCCCCUCCCCCCCCCCCCCCCAUCGCCCUUCGCCCCCCGCUUUGAUGCGAUAAUGGCGCUGCAAUGGCCGCUAAUGGGGACCCCAUUACUGACCCCAUUACUGACCCUAUUACCGGCCCUAUUACCGGCCCUGUUACUGGCCCCAUUGCUGUCGUGGUUAUGGGGCGCAGUGGCGGCUGUGACCCGAUUUAGGGCCACCUGUAGGAAGCUGAGGAACUUCCCGGUGCCCCCAUGGAGGAACUGGGGGGGGAUAUUGGGGGGUCCCCAUGGCCGCCCUAUAGUGUCCCCUAUAGGGGCUGUGGGUCCACAUGGGUCCCCAGACCCCCAAGUAAACCCCCACCCCACGGCGGCCUCCAUUGCAGCCUCCAUCGCCCCCAAGGACAAACUGUUCUAUGGGUUCCUCAAGCCAUGGCUGGGUGACGGGCUCCUGCUGAGCCAUGGGGAGAAGUGGGUCCGGCACCGUCGCUUACUGACCCCCGCGUUCCACUUCGACGUCCUCAAAUCCUACGUCGGCAUCUUCAACAGCUGCACCAACAUCCUGCAUGCCAAGUGGAGGGCUGCAUUGGGGUCAGCAUCGGGACCUAUAGGACGGAACGUGCAGGAGGAUCUGAGUCUGCUGACCCUCGAUACCCUCCAGAAAUGUAUCUUCAGCCACGACAGCACUGCCAGGAGUGAGCAUCGCAAUGAGUACAUCGCAUCCAUCCUGGAGCUCAGCACGCUGGUUGCUCGGCGGCAGCACCGUCUCCUCCAUUACAACUCGUGGCUCUACCGGCUCUCGGCCGACGGCCGACGCUUCGCACGCGCGUGUGCCACGGUGCACGGCUUCACCAACAACGUGGUGCAGACGCGGCGCCGAGAGCUCGACGGCCUUGGCCAUAAGGAAUGGAUGGAAGGACGCCAGGGACGGAGAAUGGACUUCAUUGACCUCCUGCUGCUCACCAAGGAUGACGAUGGCAACGCUCUGUCUGACGAGGACAUCGCAGCCGAGGCCGAUACCUUCAUGUUCGAGGGGCACGACACGACGGCCAGCGGGUUGACGUGGCUGCUCUACAACCUGGCCCACCACCCGCACUACCAGGAACGAUGCCGCCAAGAGAUCCACGAGCUCCUCACGGGCCGGGACGUGGAGGAGAUUGAAUGGGAGGAUCUGUCCCUCCUGCCCUUCACCACCAUGUGCAUCAAGGAGAGCCUCCGCCUGCACCCACCCGUCACCGCCGUGUCGCGGCGCUGCACCGAGGACGUGGCCAUGCGCGAUGGAAGGGUCAUCCCCAAAGGGGUCAUCUGCUUGAUGAGCAUCUACGGGACCCACCACAACCCGGAUAUCUGGCCUGAGCCUCAGGUGUACGACCCAAUGAGGUUCAGCCAGGAGAACAGCCAGGGACGGUCCCCAUUGGCCUUCAUUCCUUUCUCUGCUGGGCCCAGGAACUGCAUCGGGCAGAGCUUCGCCAUGGCCGAGAUGAAGGUGGUGGCCGCGCUCACCAUCGCUCGGUUCAACAUCAGCCCGGAGCCAACGAGGGCCGUGAGACGCAGCACGGAGCUGAUCCUGCGCGCUGAGGGCGGGAUGUGGGUCCGGCUGCAGCCACUGUGAGGGAGGAUGGGAUGGGAGUGGAAUGGGCCUGUGUAAUAAAUGGCGGCCAUGGUGGGAUGUGUCAUGGCGGCCAUGUUGGGGAUGUGU